AUACAAAAAUAAGGAAGUAGCGGCCAAACAAACUGCACGAGUCUCAGGUAGAUGUUUUUGGUCUUUUAUUAGACGUUGUUAUGUCUCGUUUUGAGCACUGAAGACCAAAACAAGACCAUCUUCUCGCUUUAACCCCGGCCCAGUCUGUUGCUGUGUCUAUCCUUUGUGGUCUCUUUGUGGUCUAUGAAGGAGCUCGAUGGAGAGCUACCUAAUCCAGAAAGUCGUCGGUGAGGGUUCUUUCGGUCGGGCUUUGUUAGUCCGGUGUAAAAGCAGUCAGGAGAACUAUGUGGUCAAGGAAAUCCAGUUGCCAAAGAAUCACUCCAAAUUGGAGAAUUGGAGGAGAGAAGCCGUCCUGCUGUCCAGAAUGAAACAUCCUAAUAUUGUUGCUUUCAGGGAGGCAUUCGAAGCUGAUGACCUCCUGUGCAUUGUUAUGGAGUACUGCAGUGGAGGAGACCUGCUCCAGAGGAUCCAGCAACAGAAAACUGUGCAGUUCUGGGUUGAUGAUAUCUUGAGGUGGUUUGCUCAAAUGUGUGCUGGCGCACUGCAUAUCCAUGAUAAACGGGUUUUGCACAGAGAUCUGAAGUCCAAGAACAUUUUCCUGACAGAUAAUGGGACAAUCAAGCUCGGGGACUUUGGCUCGGCGUGUAUUCUGAACAGUUCAAAGGCAUACGCUCAUACAUAUGUUGGGACACCAUAUUAUGUGGCUCCAGAAAUCUGGGACAAUAAGCCAUACAACAAUAAGAGUGAUGUGUGGUCUCUAGGCUGCGUUCUCUACGAGCUCUGCACCCUGCGACACCCGUUCCAGGCACCCAGCUGGAAGAGCCUGAUUCUUAAGGUGUGUCGGGGUGCGUACCCUCCCCUCCCCAAUCACCUGCCUUACGAGCUGCAGUAUUUGGUCAAGCAGAUGUUUAAGACCAACCCAAAAGACAGGCCAUCCCUGCACAGCAUCCUGACCUCUCACCGGGUCUCCAGACUCCUGCGUGCACAUCUGCCCUCCGAGGCGCUAGAGAUGCAGGCACAGGGGAGGCGUACGGGUCGAUGGGAUAGACAAGAGGGAAAGAAGGUGGUUAAUUUUCUGAGAGAGAAGAGCUUAAUGAAAACAUCAACAUCCGAAGGCGUGGAGUUACCUGAAGCCCACUGUGAAAGCGGAGAGCCGGGUCCUCGUAAGCAAUGGGCCGCUCAGCCGUCAGACAGCGUGCUGCAGAUGUUGGCCAACGCCAGCCUCGUCUCCUCCGACAGCAUGACAGCUUCUACUCAUGGAGAGGCGCCAGACGCCAGCAGGCAGAGGAGACGAUGGGACAGGGGUCCUCCCGAGAAGCUUCUGAGUCUGCUGGAGAAGGCCCAGCUGAGCAGAGCCUUCAGCACCUUUUUAAUAAACACAGGAGGUGAGGGCCCUCUGGUGGGACCCCUAUCCCAGCCACAGGGGGAUGACCCUGACGGUCCAGAGCCUGAAGUGGUCCUAGACGAGGACCGUCUGCAGCCUCGCUCUGAUGACGAGGACACAGACUUUGAGGAAGACUCUCCAUGUGACUGGAUGGAUGAAGUUGAGAAAAUGUGUUUGGACCAUUAAAGCCUUUUCCCUCUGAGCCUACACAGUCACAAGGCUGUCAUGGAUGUUUGCAUUUAUAAAGACGCUGACUGUUUGCCAAAAUAAUUUCACUUCAUGUACAUAAGGCCAACUUGAUCUUAGAAAUGAGGACCAAUUUUUUUUAUAGGUUAUAUUCAAGUUUACAAAAACCCAGUUACGCUCAGACAGUAACAGUGAGCUUUUAAUGUAAUGUUUCAAGCUCUGCACUAAUUUGAUGUGAACACUAAUGUGACAAAAGAUGAAUUAUUGUUUGACUUGUGGUCAUAAAAACAUUUUUUACAUAAAGAUGUUUGAGAUGUGUGUGUACUGUCUCUUGUUUGAUGUGAACAUCUGCGGACUGUUCAGGUUACCAAUAGUAACAUUCCCAGUAGAUUGAGGUCGUCUGGUAGCUCCUGUUUGGCUGGUCGGGGAAGCAGGAAAUAUCAGACUCAGCAGCUGGGUCUCCAUGGGGUCAAACCAUUGUGAGCCCACCCACGCCAUUUGAAGUUCAUUUCCUCUGCAAUAUCAAAAGUAGUCUAAACAUGUCCAGUCAUUGCUAUUGUAUGUCUUUUAUUCUCUUGGCGAGACACUAACAAACCACACAUCUGGAUCCUUUAGCUGUUGUGGUAUUUUGAAUUUGCUGUGACCACGAUGAUGCCGACACAGAGAGAUGACAGCUGCUCUUCCUACAGUUACUGUUAUUUACGUACCACUAGGUGG